AUGACUUUUGUUUUUCCAGCCGGCCUCACACUUCUUUUUCUUUCUAUCUUUUCCUUCUCUCCAGCCGGCCAGGGGAACUCGCGGUAUACAACCGGCGUGGGCGCGGCGAGAGGCGGAGCAGUCGGCGCGUGGCGGCAUCCCGGCGGGCGGAGCUGGCGGGUCGCGGGAGCUGAAGCCGGCAAGGGGCGGAGCAGCGGCCGGGAGCUGGCGCUGCGGCGCGAGGUGGAGGAGGAGGCCUGGAGGGGCCGACCCGCGGGGAACAGGCGGAACCGGCCCAUGGGGCAGCGAGGCCGGCCAGCGGCGAGGCGGCCUCGAGGCAAGCGAGGCCGGCCAGCGCGGGGUCGGGAGGCGGAGCCGGCUACGGGCGCGGAGCACCCGGCCGGAGCGGCGAGGCACGGGAAGCCGGCCACCGGACGGGAGGAGCCCGGCGCGCAGGCGAGGCCGAGCGGAGCGGAGGCCGGCAGGCGCGGCGGGAGGUGGCCAGGCACGGGCGAAGGCGGAGAUGCCGGGGCGCGGGGUCGGGAGGCGGAGCCGGCCCGCGGGAGCCGGCGGGCGGGCGAGGCGGAGCCGGCUACGGGCGCGGAGCACCCGGCCGGAGCGGCGAGGCACGGGAAGCCGGCCACCGGACGGGAGGAGCCCGGCGCGCAGGCGAGGCCGAGCGGAGCGGAGGCCGGCAGGCGCGGCGGGAGGCGGCCAGGCACGGGCGAAUGCGGAGAUGCCGGGGCGCAGGGUCGGGAGGCGGAGCCGGCCCGCGGGAGCCGGCGGGCGGGCGAGGCGGAGCCGGCUACGGGCGCGGAGCACCCGGCCGGAGCGGCGAGGCACGGGAAGCCGGCCAGGUCGGAGCCGGAGCCGGCGCGGGCGGGAGGCGACCGGUCGGAGCCAGCAGCCGGCCCGGGCGGGGAGCCGGCCACGAGCAUGGUCCGGGUCGUGGACGCGCGCGGGGCGGCCGGACGGAGGCGCGGCGCAGCGCCUGAGAAGCGCGGGGGCGCGAAGGGGAGAGCUGGGCGCGAGCUCGGCCAAGCCGGCCAGCUCGUCGGAGCCGUGGAGGAGCGAGGCGGCGGGAUGCGCGGCCGCGGGACAGAGCAGGCGGAGGGCGACGGGGCCAGCGCCGUGGUGCCGUUGGAGGAGAGGUGGCCGGAGCGGUGCAGAGCCGGCGCACUCGGGCGCUCAGGUGCGGAGCGAGGCGUGCGGAACGGGAGCCAACCCCGAGCGGUGCCUGGCCGGAGGCGGAGGCGCGAGGCGCGCGGUAGAAGCGUCCGGGCCUGCAGGCGGCCGGAGCCGGCCAGCCGACCAGCCGGCGUGGGAGCUGCGGGUGCGGACCCGGCGGUGGCGGAGAGCCGGACGAGCGGGAUGCGGCCGCGGCGGGAGCGGAAGCCGGCCACCGCGGCGGCAGCCGACGCGGGCGGGGAGGCACGCGAGGGGAGCAAAGGCACGGCGCGCUGCGGGGCUCGGGAGGGAGAGCUCGCACGCAGGGGCGGGUAG